CUCUGUGCGUUCAUUAGUGUGCUAGCCUGUAGCAAGCCCCCCUUUGCUUCCCUCUUACGCAAAAAGCAGAGGAAGCUUGUGAUUUGCUAGACUCAGCCCUCCCUCUUCGGGGGGUAACUUAUUACGGGAGUUUGCAGGCGGAGUCGGUUUCCCCGAGAGAUAAAUUGAGUGUGGUAUUAUUGGAGGAGUCGGGUACGAAACUGUCCUUUCGUGUUUCCUGUGGGGGACAGUCAACAGUCUGAGCUAGAACUACCUAAAGCGAACCGUUCAGAUCAAGUAAAUCGGGAAAAAGGGGGAUAUAACGGGGAUUUAAAAUGUCGGCAAACAAAGACAGCGACGGCGGAUGGAGGACGUUUCUGUGGAAUUCAGAGAAGAAAGAGUUUCUAGGACGAACAGGCAUCAGUUGGUUGAAAAUCUUCCUGUUCUACGUGAUAUUCUACGGAUGCUUGGCUGGAAUCUUCAUCGGCACCAUCCAGGCCUUGCUGCUCACGCUAAGUAACUACAAGCCAACCUAUCAGGACAGAGUCGCCCCCCCAGGUCUAUCACACACCCCACGCUCAGAAAAAUCUGAAAUUGCUUUCAAAUUGUCUGAUGAGAAGUCAUUCACGAAGUACGUUGAGGCUGUGGAUAAAUUCCUUACGCAGUAUAAUCCCGAGGGUCAGACCGAUCAGAUGAAGUUUGAAGACUGUGGAGACAUGCCGGCGACCUACAAGGACCGCGGUUCUCUGGACAACGAUCUUGGACAGAGGAGGGCUUGCCGCUUCCGCAGGAAUUGGCUCAGCAGCUGCUCUGGAGAGACCGACCCCUCUUUUGGCUUUAAGGACGGAAAGCCUUGCAUUAUCGUCAAGCUCAACAGGAUCGUCAACUUCAAACCAAAGGUUCCCACUAACAACCAGUCACUCCCAGAACCUGUGAUUGUCAAGGCACAGCCCAACGUGAUCCCCAUUCACUGCAAAAAUAAGAGAGAUGAGGAUAAGGACAAGAUCGGAGAGAUCAAGUACUUCGGCAUGGCGGAAGGCUUUCCUCUGCAGUACUACCCCUACUACGGCAAACUGCUGCACCCCCAGUACCUGCAGCCUCUGGUGGCCAUCCAGUUUACCAACCUCACUUUAAACGAGGAGAUCCGCAUCGAGUGCAAAGUAUACGGCGCAAACAUCGAUUACAGCGAGAAGGACCGCUAUCAAGGACGUUUUGAUAUUAAGUUCACAAUCUCCUCGUGACCUCAGCCAUGACGAGCACUCUCAUUUUGAAACCAAUAAAAUGUAGAGAGAAUAAAAGAGUUCAGAUAAACACCACUAGUCUUUGAACAUUCAUAAUAUACAGGACCUACACUUAAUCUGUGUGCUUUACACUAGCUUUUCUGUGUGUUUGUUGAGGGUUAGAAUGUAAAAUACAAGAGUAGCAAUAGCAAAUAUUUAUUCUACUGUACAUGAAAAUAUUCCUUGAGCCAUGGGAUGUGUUCAUCUAUUACUGUAAAACCGCAAUUCCACUACUGACGUGUAGCGAGCUGUGUUUCUGUCCCCAAAGUGUUUCAUCCUAAUGUGGUUUCUAUAUAUUUUUGGAGUGUCCAGUGCCGUAGUCAAGUCCUGUUGUAAUCUCUUUUGUCUUACGUCAGCUUUAGUGGUCCAAGGUGUGUGCGCGUGCGCUCGUGUCCGUGUGCAGGUGUUACUUUAUGUGAGUGCGUGGAGUGUGUUAAUGUGCUCUGACUAACUGAAAUACUAGCAUGGUACUCUGAACAUUGAAGGCCCAUGUAUGAGUAAAUGACUGCGCUCCAUGGAAUCUUUAUUUUUUUUCUGUGUGUUUCUUUAUCCAAGUUGACUGUGGAAGGAUACAUUUGUACACCUUUUCUUUGUUCACCUUAGCUGUGGGAUAUGGUUUGAUGACAUUUCUGUUUGAAACUCUUACAUCUGUUCAUUCUUAAUUCAUAGUGUAGAGUUUUGUGGGUCCAGCCUAGAAGACUGUCACCUCCGUGGAAACAGUGGCAACUCAGUGCUUUGAAAUCUGUUUUGCUGGAGACAUCACAUGGCGUGAUGCAACUUACUAUUGAAUGUUUUAGCCAUUUUCAUGGUGGAAGAAUUUUAUAUUUAUGCAGUUGUACAUUUUUUUCAAAGUGUAAUGUAUGAAUCCAAUACCAAAGUCGCUGGUCAAAAAGUUAAAUAGAAGAAUAUCAGAGGCAAUGCAGUAUCCCGUGUAAUAAGAUGUUUAGUUGGUGUGAAAAUACUUAAUUCAAUGUUGAAGAUCAAAACACUUGUCAGGAGUCUGCUCUUGUCACUUUAUUUAAUCUGCAAAAGGCUGAAACAAUAAACAGAAAAAUGAGACAA